CUUGCCCCAGGCCAUAGGUGACACAAGUCAGGGGCAAGCAUGUUGGGCUCCAAAGGAAACUGAAUUUUGGAGCGGAAGCGGACCAAGCAGGAACAGGAUGCACCUCAACGGCCCAAGUGGGCCGCAGGCCUAUGUGAACGAGAGCGCUGGUGAUGGAGGAGUGUUCCCGAUGGGACAUGGAUAUCCGGCGGAGUACCAACACAUGGUGCACUCCCAUUGGCGGGGAUUCAGAGAGGCGCCCAUCUACUAUCAUGCUGGAUUUUACAUUGCCUAUUUCGUCCUUAUGCUUUCAAGUAUUUUCGGCAAUGGACUGGUUCUCUGGAUCUUUUCCACAUCGAAAUCUUUGCGUACACCCUCUAACUUGCUGAUUCUCAACCUGGCUAUAUUCGAUCUGUUCAUGUGCACCAAUAUGCCCCAUUAUCUGCUCAACGCAACGGUUGGCUAUAUAGUGGGAGGCGAUCUGGGAUGCGAUAUAUACGCUUUGAACGGAGGCAUCUCCGGAAUGGGAGCUUCCAUAACUAAUGCCUUUAUUGCCUUCGAUCGGUACAAGACAAUAUCAAACCCGAUAGACGGACGGUUAAGCUAUGGCCAGAUUGUUCUGCUAAUAAUGUUCACCUGGUUGUGGGCCACGCCAUUUUCGGUAUUGCCCCUAUUUCAGAUUUGGGGACGUUAUCAACCAGAGGGCUUCCUGACCACCUGCACCUUCGACUAUCUGACCAACACGGACGAAAACCGGCUAUUUGUGCGUACCAUAUUCGUGUGGUCCUACGUGAUUCCGAUGACCAUGAUCAUCGUUUCCUACUACAAGCUCUUCACCCACGUCCGCGAUCACGAGAAGAUGCUGGCGGAUCAGGCCAAGAAGAUGAACGUUAAGUCGCUAUCGGCCAAUGCCAAUGCGGACAGCAUGAGCGUGGAACUGCGGAUCGCCAAAGCGGCUAUGAUCAUUUACAUGCUGUUCAUCGUUUCCUGGACCCCGUACUCGGUGGUGGCGCUAAUUGGAUGCUUCGGGGAGCAGCAGUUGAUCACACCAAUCGUCUCGAUGCUUCCGUGCCUGUUCUGCAAGUCGGUGUCCUGCCUGGAUCCCUGGGUCUAUGCCGCCAGCCAUCCCAAGUAUCGUCUGGAGCUGGAGCGCCGGCUGCCAUGGCUGGGAAUCCGCGAGAAGCAGGCCGUAUCCGGCUCAUCUGCUGGCCAGGAGACCGUGGCCAGUGUCAGCGGCGAUACUCUGGCUCUCAGUGUGCAAAACUAAUGGAACGUCAAAUGGAUUAACGAAGUGAAACCAUAACCAUGAUUAUAAGUGUAUAAUUUGAUUAGUUCUAAGGCGCAAUGAACUAAAAGAGUUCCAAAAAUACAAACCAAAAAAAGUUGGCAUUGAAAAAUCA